CAUGGCACAGAGGAUGACAGGAUGAAGAGCAGCCAGGUGUUUGAGUCCAUAUAGGCUAUUAGUUUUGUUCAUUAGAUGCUCCCGGUUCAGGCCGUCAUCGGGGGGAGUUGGGUACAUUACUAUUACUGUUAUUAUUAUUAAAGCAUUUUGUUCCCCCCCAAAAAAUGAGAGCCACGUCCAAGACCGCGCACUAACGCAGGCUGAGGAGAAGCCGGACGCGUUUCUUCUCCUUGAUGUUCCCAAACGGAGCGGAGCAGAGCGCGCUACUGGCUCGCGGCCGAUGCCCGGAGGAGCGCUGCUGCUGCUGCUGCUGCGGCGGCGGCGGUGGACCAGCGGCAAGGCGGCACCCGAGAGUCGCUGUUCACUACCGGGAAAUCUAGGCGAGCCUCGCCGAGGCUGAGGCUGAGGGCAUGGGCUGCGCUCCCAGCAUCCACGUCUCUCAGAGCGGGGUGAUCUACUGCCGGGACUCGGACGAAUCCAACUCCCCCCACCAGACCACCACCACCAUCUCCCAGGGCACGGCGGCCGCCACGCUGCACGGGCUCUUCAUCAAGACGGACGCGGCCGAAGCCAUCCCGUCCGUCAUCGCCUACCAGAGCCGCCACUCGCGGAACAACUCGCACCGGGAGCGGAGGGAGAACAGCGGGGGGCACGUCCGCAUCGAGGCCGAGACUCAGACCAGCCACGCCAGCCUUAAGGUUUCUGCCACAGAGGAAUGUGUGGGACCUAUGAGGCUGACUAAGGAACCAAUUCAAGUUCUGCUGGUGUUCGCGAAGGAGGACAGCCAGAGCGAUGCCUUCUGGUGGGCCUGCGACCGCGCCGGCUUCCGGUGUAACAUCGCACGGACGCCCGAGUCUGCCGUCGAGUGUUUCCUGGACAAGCACCACGAGAUAAUCGUCGUUGACGGACGUCACUCGCGCUACUUUGAGCCCGAAGCCGUCUGUCGGAUGAUCCGCGCCACAAAGCCCUCGGAAAGUACAGUUAUUCUUGCUGUCGUACCACAAAAACUCCCGGACCAAGAGGAACCAUCCGUUCUCCCUCUCCUCUGCGCUGGAUUUAGCAGAAGGUUCGUGGAGAACAGCAGCGUGUCAGCGUGCUAUAACGAACUCAUCCAGAUCGAACACGGAGAGGUGCGCUGCCACUUCAAACUCAGGGCUUGCAACUCUGUCUUUACGGCUUUGGAGUUUUGCCAAGAGGCCGUGGAAAUCACCAGUGAGGAUCACGUCAUUCAGUAUGUGAACCCUGCCUUUGAGAGGAUGAUGGGAUACCACAGGGGGGAGUUGAUCGGAAAAGAACUGACCGAACUUCCCAAGAGCAACAAGAACAGAGCCGAUCUACUCGAUACAAUCAACAACUGCAUCAAAAAAGGCAAAGAAUGGCAAGGCAUUUACUUUGCCAGGAAGAAGUCGGGCGACAGCAUUCAGCAGCAAGUGAAGAUACUGCCUGUCAUCGGCCAGGGAGGAAAAAUCCGACAUUUCGUAGCCAUCAAGCGAGCUCAUACCGACAACAAUAAUCAGGUCCUCAAAAUGAACAAGGAAGACAGAUGCAGCGGGGACCAUUCUCAGUCAGAGUGCCAUUCACUGCGACACAGGGACAGGCGGAAAGAUUCAAUCGACGCCAGAUCGGUCGGUUCCCGUGGCAGCGACGCUCCUAGUUUACAGAACCGGAGGUAUUCUUCUGUUGCAAGAAUCCAUUCGAUGACAAUUGAGGCUCCCAUCACCAAGGUGAUAAACAUCAUCAACGCGGCCCAGGAGAGCAGCCCGGUGACAGUCGCCGAGGCUCUGGACCGCGUGCUGCAGAUCCUGAGGACCACCGAGCUCUACUCCCCCCAGCUGGCUUCCAAAGACGACGACCCCCACACCAACGACCUGGUCGGGGGGCUUAUGACUGACGGGCUGCGGAGACUCUCUGGGGACGAAUAUAUUUUCAGUAAAAAUAUGAGCCAGAGCCAGCUGGCCAUCCCGGUGACGCUGAACGACGUUCCUCCGUCCAUCGCCGAGAUGCUGAACGACGAGGAGCGCUGGGAGUUCAACAUCCUGGACCUGGAGGCAGCCACGCAUAAAAGACCCCUCACUUACCUCGGCUUGAAGAUUUUCACCAGUUUCGGAGUGUGUGACUUCCUGAACUGCUCCGAGGCGACGCUGCGCUCAUGGCUGCAGCUCAUGGAGGCCAAUUAUCACUCCUCCAACUCCUACCACAACUCCACGCAUGCUGCAGACGUCCUCCACGCCACGGCCUACUUCCUGCGCAAGGAGAGAGUCAAGGGCAGCCUGGACCAGCUGGACGAGGUGGCGGCGCUGAUAGCCGCCACAGUCCACGACGUGGACCACCCGGGCCGGACCAACUCCUUCCUGUGCAACGCGGGCAGCGAGCUGGCCGUCCUCUACAACGACACGGCCGUGCUGGAGAGCCACCACGCCGCACUCGCCUUCCAGCUCACCAUGCGCGACGGCAAGAGCAACAUCUUUAAGAACAUCGACAGGAAUCAGUUCCGGACGCUGCGCCAGGCCAUCAUCGACAUGGUGCUCGCCACCGAGAUGACCCGCCACUUUGAGCAUGUCAGCAAGUUCGUCAACAGCAUCAACAAGCCAAUGGCUGCCAUCGAAGAAACCAGCACCAACAGCACGAACAGCGACUGCGAGGGCCAGAGCAACAUCAGAAACUCUCCAGAGAACCGCCUGCUGAUCAAGCGGAUGCUGAUCAAGUGUGCAGAUGUGGCGAACCCCUGCAGGCCCCUGGAGCUCUGCAUCGAGUGGGCGGGCCGGAUCUCAGAGGAAUACUUCGCCCAGACGGACGAGGAGAAGCGACAAGGGCUGCCCGUUGUGAUGCCCGUGUUCGACAGAAACACCUGCAGCGUGCCCAAAUCCCAGAUCUCCUUCAUAGACUAUUUCAUCACAGAUAUGUUUGACGCUUGGGACGCUUUUGCCAGCCUCCCCAACCUGAUGGAGCAUUUGUCCGAGAACUACAAGUACUGGAAGAACCUGGACGACAUGAAGUGCAAGAGCCUGCGUCCUCCGCCGCCCUCCUGACCUCCUGCUCUGCUCUCUGGCACCGUGACCCGGGCCGGACACUGCAGCAGUUCGUCCUUUCAGCCACAGCACUAAAGUAGCGCAUACGGCGAGAAAACAGGGCCAAUUUCCUGCCUAAGAGGAACGAGAUCACUGACUGAUGAGCGCUGAUCUCGUCUUCAAUCCUGGACGCUUUUCUCAUUCCAACUGAACAUGGUGCUUCUCCGCCAUGGAAAAAGAAAAACAGCUAAUUUUCAUCUGACAGCCCGAAUGACUGUCAUCCGCCAUUUUGUUCUGGCGUCUCUUUGAAGCUGCGUGGACCUCGCGGCUCACCCGACAAUCUCACGCCGGAAAUCUGCACUUUAGCAAAUCAAGACAUUUGGAUUUCGAGCUCCGUUUUGCUCUUUGCUUUUAUUAUUAUUAUGAUUAUGAUUAUUAUUAUUAUUUUCCUUAAACCUUGUCAUUUUAUAUCUGGGUAUUGGUUGCAAAAGCGUGACGAGACCAAGAGGCGCUCGGCUAAAAGGCGAGCAUUUCUAGUGGUUGUGCUUCUUCGAAGAUGAAAGUUCGCAUCUCUAAAACUUCCGAUACAGACUUGUGAAGGUGCCCAGCUGGAAUUAUUCAUCCUUAAUAUCUAAAAAAAAACACACACACAAAAAAACAUGCAUAUGGGACCAAACUGUAAGCAACCCCAGUAGCCCAGAGCAGGAAGAGUGUUGUAGGAAUAGAUUCUGGAAACCAAGGGCUGUUCUGUGUGCUGCGGACAGAAUCUGCAGCUUUAGCUUUUUUUCCCACCUUUAAUGCAUGUGAAAGCAGCCGACGUGGACGAUGGAGAUGCUUUUAACGGACAGAUUGCACCGCACCGGGGUAAAUGUCAAACUUUUAGCUCUGCGACACAAACUGUAGAAAUGAACUGUGAGCAUCUGAGCAGGUUUCAUGAGGACAAAACUUUAACUUUCGUAGUUUGGGGAAGACAUUGACCUCCCAGCGCUCCCUCACCCCCCAAACAAAUUCAGUUGUUACAGUGAGAACGUUCAGCCAUUUGUUUUCUUAUUUGUCACACAUCUUUAUCAACAAAUGUGGCUCAGUCUGACCCAAGAGUUAUCCAGUGAGAUCGCUGAAGCUGUAAACAUGACCAAUAAAAAUCUGUUGAUUUUUUUUUUUAAAUAAAAAGACAAAAACAAAAGAGAAAACUUGACCAAAUUACGGAUAUGUUACGUAUGCCCUCUGGUGGACAUAGCAAAGAUUUGCACAUCAAACCAGCAGUUAAAUGUGAGCAAGAAAUCUCUCCUUCUAUCAUUGGAAAUUUACUCAUAUGUUUCUUUUUUUUCUGGUCACCUUCAGUUGAAAAGGUAUUGGCAACCACCAAAGCAGCCAGCAGUAGGAGAUAAUGGCGGUGAUGGUGUUCCUGAGCCGCACAGCUACACAAUGCAGAAUCAACCAAAGGCACAGAGAUUCCCUCAUAGGUGCCUUAUAUCUCACUGUUCUCCUCACACAUUACAACAUAUCCAUAGUAAUGGCUCCUGCUUUCAAUACAAAGUGAAUCACAAGAAAAGCCAUAAGUGUCGUCUGUGAUUUGUAGGAUAAAAGAAAACGCGUCUGUUUCGUGGUCUUCGGUCGUCCCGUCACAGAAGUCCUGGGUUUUAAACUAAAAGGUUGCAUUUUUUUUGUUUGUUUGUUUUGCUACACCUUAAAAAACACACACACACACAACUUCGUCCAAUAUCACUGUAUUUGUUGUCACUUUAUGGACGAUCACUUUCUUACGAAAAGGCCUUAAUCCUGUCGCGUGUCGCUGUUUUGGGUGUGCUUUGCUUGUGCCACACUGUAAAACUACCUGAUGCGCCUGCUGUUCAUGUAAAUACUCAGCUAACACGCCGGUUUUUAUUUGCCUUGCUUCGCUUUUAAUGUUUCUUAUUUACUAAGGGGUAAGCACCGAUUUCCUCAGUUUUGGGUGAUCUGCACUUGGCCAACGACACUUCAAAUGCGAAAUUGAUUUUUGGUGCAAGAUAAAAUUAAUUGGUGAAAAUUGGAAUUGACAGGUCAGGCUAUGAAAGAUCGUUGAUCGGCCAGAAAGCUGCGGUCGGUGCUCCCCCGUUUAUUCACAUUUCGGUCCAUCAUGUCCAAAAAUACAGAAGCAUGGUUCCAGCUCGGAUCGAUUUAUGGUCAUGAGGGGAUAUUUUUGCUAUCCUUUAACUAGACAUUUUAGAGAGAGAGAUUUUAGACGUCAGACAGCCAUGCCUUUUCCAUUGAGCAGCCGCUGCUUGAAUGCGACAUGCAUUCUGUCCUUUAGCCCGGCAGAACCACAGACAGCUUCUCCGUCAGUGACGGCCUUGUCAACCCUGAGCUUUGCACCAUUUGUAGAUGAAAACCGUCAUCAGAGAGUGGUAUACAUAUAUGCAGAGUUGAGAAAAAUCUAUUUUUGAAAAGAUUAUUAUUAUUGCCCAUGACAACUGUACUAUGUGUUUUUAAAGAUUUUACUGUCUCUUGGAUAAUAGACGCAAGUUUUAUGCUCCAGCUUCCUAAACUCUGCCAUGUCUUGCUUUGAAAGCUUCGUGUAUUUUUCUCGCUACGUUUUUAUUUUUGAUGUUUUCUGUCAAACAAAAAAAGUAUUGUGAGAGAUGAAUAAAGCAUUAUUUAACUAUGAA